CCCGCCUCCUUCUUCCUGAUGAGUAUGGAGUUUUAACAUUGUUACACUGCUUAAGUUAACAAUUUGGCAAUGACCUCCCUUCAGUCUGCUUCAGUCUGGAUAUUCAAGAGCUGUGGAAAAUGUUUUUAGCAAAGCUUUUGGGUUCAAUUAUCAUACUGAUCACAGGGACAGGUAAAAACAAAUGUAUUAUUUUAAAUUUAAUUAGUUUCAGUUAUUGUUAAUACCCUUGCUAUCAUUGAUAAAGUGUGUGUGAAAACAUUCUAUGAGAAAGAUGUUCAAUCAUAAUGAUGUUGUUGUUUUUUUCACCAGAUGGUUAUCACGUCUCUAUACUGUUUCAGUGCACCUAUAUUUCCCUUGAUCUUAGUGACGUGGAACUCAUUAUUUCAACUUCCUUUAAUAAAGCUGUUCAAAUGCAAUUCAACAGCACUCUUGGAAAGUAUAUAGGGUUUACUGAGAUCGGAAUGAAGUUGGCACACUUGUCGAGCAACAAUAACAAAAUCUUGUCACAUUUAAACAACUUGCUGCACAAAUGUAAACAUUAUGGAGAAAUUGGUUACCCAGCCAUUGUUAAUAAAUUGGUGCAACCCAAGAUCAAGCUUAGGUCAGUGAAACAGGUUGGCGGCAGAAAUCCUGCUGCAUUGGUGUGCAGUGCAUUCGACUUCUACCCUGACCAGAUCAAAGUUUCCUGGCUGAUCGACGGUAAAGAGAUGACCACUGAUGCGGCGUCCAUCGAGGAGAUGGCUAAUGGGGACUGGUACUAUCAGAUUCACUCCCACCUUGAAUAUACAGCCAAAUCUGGAGAGAAGAUCUCCUGUAUGGUGGAGCAUGGUACCUUCAAUAAACCCGUGAUCAUCGACUGGGAUCCCUCUAUCUCGGAGACUGACAGGAAUAAAAUCUCUAUUGGAGCCUUUGGUUUGGUGCUGGGAGUCAUCACAGCAGCUGCUGGAUUCAUGUACUACAAGAAAAAAUCAGCAGACUGAUACAUUAGUAUAUUCCUAAUGUGACAAUUAAUUCCUCUUUUAUUUUGAUGGGGAGGAUUUUGGGUUCACAUCAGCAAAAUCAUAUGGAACUUUCUGUUAAAUGAGCAUUAUUGUAUUUUUUCUUUUUCCUCUUUUAAUUAGCACAGGAGAAUCAUAUGUUUAUCACAUUUACACAUUGCAGUUUUUUGGGGGAAAUAUAACUUUAAAUGUACAUUUUCGACCUGAUUCAUGAACCGGUACAUUCCUGUUAAACAGUGUCUUUUAUGUCUUCAUGAUUUAUUUAAUCAUGUUUUCUCUAAAAUGAGUCAUAUAUUUAUAUUAUAUGGCUUAAAUUGUAUAGUUAGGUCUUCUUUAUCACUUAAAAGGGGAUAAUAGAAAUGAUAAUUACUAUUUUGUAUUUUACACACCUUUUCAUUGAU